UUUUCGCUGAUAAAGAAACCAAGUACUGAACGAAUCGUGACAUCAGUCGGAUUGUGUCAACGAGAAUGUUCAACAACUAGAUAUUUCAGUUAUAAUAAAAAAGACAGUACAUGUUCCUGCUUAAACAACAACGAAAUACAGUUCACCAAUGCUGCAAACCUUUCGACAUGCCUAAAAUCAACAGUUGAAACAAUAUUAGUAUAUCAGGUUUAUAAUGGUACAAUUACAUAUGGAGCCAAAAAUGGACUUUGUACGACAUUAACUUGCACUCCUCCCCAUGUUGUUGAUGUGAAAGCAACCGUUUGUAAAGGCGAUGACACUAUACAAGGUUUAUGCGAAGAUGGAAUGCAAUCAACUUCGGGGAAAUCCUGGGGUCUUCAACAGAAUCAAACCUUUGAAAACUGUCGGACUAAGGACAAGCUAUUAUUGCAUUCUAAUGCCUGUCAACAGUUAGGAAAAAAACUAACCUCACCUGCCUGGACAAAUGUUUUUAGAGAAAAAAUAGAAGUGGAACGAACAUUAGUUGACGCGACAUCUUUACCAAAAUUUUGCCAAUCAGCAAACAUUUCUGAUAAAGGGGAAAAGAUUUUAAAUCUACAUUGGCAGAAUUGCUCUAUAAAACUAGAAUGGUUUGUUUGCAAAAAUGAUUCCUCCACAGUUGAAAACACAUACCACAUGGAUGUAGCAACAGAUGCAAAUUAUGGGGUCAUUGUUGGUGGAUCUGUCGGAGCUGUCAUUGUUUUACUGAUAGGUGUAACUGUUAUUCUGUGCAAAGUGAGACGUAUCGGACUUUUUAAAUCUAGUGCUUCAGCGAAAACGACAAACGUAGUAUUUACGAAAUCAGUGGAUGGCGAAGAAACAAACAAUGAAGCACAGACUCAACAACACCUUAAUCAGGGUUAUGGUUUGGUAUUUCAAGCAAGCGAGAAAAGCAACAAAACAAACAAUUCAUAUGCACAAGUGCAGAAGGUCAAGCGUAUAGAGGAUACUUAUACAGAGAGUUCAAAUGAAGAGUAUGAUCAUUUACAUAAUAUUGGUGGACGAAUACCAAAAGCUGGUGAAAAUACCUACGAUAGCAAUGCAGGAUUCCAAAAUUGCAAUGAUCCUACCUAUGCCACUGCCUCAAGUUCUACUAGAGUUGAUAUGGAUAAUACGUACGAUCAUUCGUUUACAAAUAUGAAAACUUCCUCAGAAUAUGACGUUUCAGAUUCAUGUAUACAAAUCGAUAGAACAAACUUUGACGUAUAUGAUCAGGCUUGUUAAUUAGAAUUGUACCUUAAAUACAC